CCAGGACACUCGUGAGCAGCCCUCCUUCAGAGACAUAUCCUAGGGCCUUUUAGUGAUCAGGGCCUUGGCUUUACAUCAUGUGUAAGAACCUGGGACUGGGGGCGAGUGGAUAUCAGUGUUGGUCACAUCUCCCAUGCUGGCCUGCUCUCUGAGCCUCCUGCCUCCUCCCAGGUUAGGUGGCUGUGAUUCCUGCCUGCAUCAUAAGCAGUGGUGCGUGUGUGGUGUUGGCAUGGAUUCCUCUCCUUCAGCCUUCUGUGUUGUUUUUCAGCACACUGGGUGUUUCACAGAGAUAGGAAGCUGUCCCUCUGCCAGAGCCUUCCUCCGUGCUGCAUGCAGGAACCAAGGCGGGUGCAGACACAGAAGGGAGGAGGGUCCACCCUAGGCCACAGGAUCAGACAGGAGAGAGGCACCACUGCUGCAGGGAGGCAAACAGACCUGGCAGCCCCUACCUGGACCUAGCAGGAGCCUGACAGGUAGAGAAGGUUGAAGUAAGAGCUGAAAGACUUUGAGUGUCUGUCUUCUCUGUUUCCUGUCAUCACCUCUUCCCUCCACGAGUCGGAGAAGCCUCUCAACCACACCAUGUCAUCUGACUCCACCACCCCAUCAACAGUGCCACCACUCCACUCGCCAAAGUCGCCUGUUUGGCCUACUUUUCCAUUUCAACGGGAGGGAAGCCGGAUCUGGGAGCGGGGCAAUCUCCUCCUUCGGGACUUGCCCAGCCCUCUCCCCACCAAGAGAACCAGAACAUACUCUGCGACGGCUCGUGCCUCAGCUGGUCCUGUCUUCAAGGGUGUCUGUAAGCAGUUCUCACGCUCCCAGGGCCAUGGUUUCAUCACCCCAGAGAAUGGCACAGAGGACAUAUUCGUACAUGUGUCUGACAUUGAGGGGGAGUACGUUCCAAUGGAAGGAGAUGAGGUCACAUACAAAAUCUGCCCCAUUCCGCCCAAGAACCAGAAGUUUCAGGCUGUGGAAGUGGUGCUCACCAACCUGGCCCCCCACACAAAGCAUGAGACAUGGUCUGGCCAAAUCAUUGGCUCCUAGGUUCUUGUGGGGUUUAUGGGCUGGCUCGGCCUGCAGGCAGGGUUGGAGGUGUGUGCCUGGGUGUGUGGGAGACAGUCUGGCACAGCUGGAGCAGAGGAGGAUGGGCCGGGAUCACGUUUCUUGUCUGCCAAGUGGCAUGUAGAUGUAUACAUUCUGUGUCUUUUAUAAGAUUACAUUUUUGUUUGUAAUUGUGUUGUUCGAGGGGGAGGGGAAGGCAGAGCUGCUGAUAGGGUGGAUUCCACUUUCUCUUAUGUAGCGCGAGCUCUUACGGUCUCUGAUCAGGGAUGCACACAGAAGACUCCUUUUUUACUUUGGUGGCAGGGAGGAGAAGGUGCACACAGCAGGGGCUGGCAACAGUUCUUUCUUUAUCGCACUGCCCACACUAUCCAGACCCAGUGUGGACUCCCCACCCUGCCCAAAGCCUGAUUUCCUCAGUUAGCUCCAAAUUCUCCAUCCCCUUCCUGAUGUCAGGUGCCAGGAAAGCCCAAGGUCCAGCUCCCCACACCGACUCCCUUGUGAACUGAAGAAGGGGCUGAGGGGAGAAAAGGGAUGGCAUGACUAUGUCUGGAGGCACUCUUCCUAUGAGAGGCAGUUCCAGCCCCAAAUGAUCUUGAACAAGCACUUUGAUUGACAGCUACAUCUGUGAGGUCUGGGAUUGCCCCUGAAGGUAGGCAACCAUUGAUCCUCUGGAUCAUGGUGUAUGCAUAAGAGGUCUAGUCAGGUGCCUGAUGAAUCAGCUUGUAUGGAGUCCUGCAGUCAUCACACCAAAACCUUUGACACAAACUGGUUUUAUCCCCGUUCCUGAAGACAGGUGUGUGGGCAGGGAGGGUGCGGGGGGGAGUGGAAAAAUGUGGGGCACCUCACUUCCUCCAAGUCAUUUGACAUGGCCUUCCCAUGCACUCAGCACUGCUGCUGAGUGGACAGCCAUGCCCCAUGGGCUCUGGGCAUGCCACCCCCCCCAGGUGGACCUCACCUCUGUCUGCAGAGCUAGGCAGAGUCAGGAGAUACCAUGUGGCUCUGUGUAUAUGUGUGUAUGUGGGGGUAGGGGACAGUGGAUUGUAUCACUUUGCAGUUUACACCCCUGCCACCACCCUCUCUUCUACCGCAUGUCACGGAGAUAGGCUGUAGCUCAUUAAUAGGGAAGGAAUCCCCAGUUUUCAUGCUCAUUUUUAAAGCAGUUUUAUAGCCUCUCACUGCCAAGAGCAGGGGUCUGGGAGCCAGGAGACUUGGACUGUAUCCUGCACAGACUCACAGAACAGUGUUGAGUAGGUCCCCUAGAUAACAACUGAAGAGAUCUCUGACUGUUCUUUGGUGCCUCAGGUUUUGGAGGUCACAUUGGCCCCCCUGAUUUACCUGGCAAUUUGGGCGCUCAGAUCCACUAAAAAUCAGGUCCUAGGUAUCUUGGUGUGUGCUCUUUUGAAAAUGUUGGCCUGAAUCUCUGUGCCUUCAUUUCCUCAAUGGGGUCAUGAAAUCUCUUUCCCUUAGCCUCUCCCUGCCCUUUGGUAAAACACUGUGCACAAACCCCUGGAAGUGCUGUUUGGUUUUAGUCUUACUCAGGCACCUUUCAAAGGAUCACAGGUCAACAGCGCCGUGCAGGUUUCUGUGAGGUUUUGCUUGUUUUGAGGGGAGGGGGGAAGAGAACGAAAAAGAACCAACCCAGGCAGCAUUGGGAG